AUGGGCGCCCCUAUCAACCCCAGAGACUCCAUGAAGUCAACCUGGCGCCAAGAUAAGAGCCAAUGGUCCAUCCCCCACAAGAUUCUCGAGAAAAUCAACCUCUAUCAUGUGGAUCUUGACCGAGAGAUUCCCAUCCAUGCUAAGACGGAGAAGCUGCCAUAUCUACCUGAUUGGCAAAUGCAUCGCUGGAUUCUAUUCUACGCUUGUCUUCCCCUGAUGGUCCACCAGUUAUUUGUAUCACUUACGGGAUACCAAUUCCAUCCCGUCAUCGCUUUCAUCUACUACUACCAAGCAGCGCGCCUCUUUGCAUUCCGUGAACUGCGCUCCAUUCGAGAACUCGGCCACAAACACGGAUUCCUCGAUGGAGAUAAACAUGAGCGAGAUGGGAUCCCCGAUGCAGGAGUAGGGAAAGCACUUUUAUCAGUCGUUCUUGCGGGAUUUUUACGCCCGCUGUUCUCCGUCUACCUGACUUAUAACAAGAGCGAAGCCCCCCUAUCUCUCAACUGGACAUGGGUGUUCGUUGAAGUCAGUCUUUAUAGUGUCGUUGUGGAUUUCUGGUACUACUGGUAUCACCGCCUGAUGCACGACGUGAACGGUCUAUGGAAGUAUCACCGCACACAUCACCUUACCAAGCACCCCAAUCCGCUGCUUACAAUUUAUGCGGAUUCCGAACAAGAAUUCUUCGACAUUGUUGGCAUUCCAUUAAUGGCCUUUUACACGAUGAGACUCAUGGGAUUUCCAAUGGGUUUUUACGAGUGGCAUAUCUCUCAGCUUUAUGUUUUGUUUGCAGAGGUUGCAGGGCACAGUGGUCUUCGCAUCCAUGCCUGUGUACCGAAUCCCAUGUCUUGGUUGAUGAGAAUCUUUGACAUGGAAUUGGUUAUUGAGGACCACGACCUUCAUCAUCGCAAAGGGUGGAGAAAAAGCCAUAAUUAUGGCAAGCAGACUCGGGUUUGGGACCGGAUCUUUGGAACGUGUGGAGAGCGGAUUGAGAGUGUGGACUCUAAUGUGGAUUAUGAGAAUCGAGCGAUCAUGCCUAUAUUUUAG